CGUAAGAAUGCUUUUGGCUCAACAUAUAAAUAAAAUAAAGACCAGUAGUUGAUUUUACUGUCUUUCCUCAUUAUUUCAUGAGUGUAGAUUUCAGAUGCCGAAUGUUACGUUGCAGCAAGUGUGUCUUUUUUCUUCUGAUAGAGCUGGGAUAGCAUUUUCCUCCUGUUUCCAGUCUUUAUGCUAAGCUAAACACAUCCUUGGUUUCCAGAUCCUGAUGUAUGUUGUCUUGUCAUCAAUUUAGUCAGUAAAUGACGGCCUAAUCAACAGACAUACUGAUUAAAUAUAGAUUGUGUUUGCUGUGUAAAAUGGUGCAUCUGUGCUUUUUCCCUGAAUGUUUUAUUUCAGAAAAGUGCAUUAAUUUCCAUGAUAUUAGACAGCAAAGCAUUUUCCCAAAAUGUUGAAGUGAUCCUUUAACUUUAGGCUAAUACUAGUGUAACUAGCCCCAUGCUAGCGUCUGUAACAUCCAUGCAUACUAGAGAUGUAUUAAAGCAGUAUUUCAGGGCUGUUCGUCUACUUUGUCAGGCGGGGUUUUUCCAUUUGGGACAUGUGAUCAGUUGUGGGUGGAGGAGGACCAGACUUUGCACCUUUGGGUUCACACAGAACAGCACAGCACCAACUUUCUAAUGGAAAUCAACAAUGUGGCUGAAAGUCUUUGUCACCUUCGUCUUCAGCUUCUCCAGCUGCCAGCCGGCAUCAGUCUUCCUGGAUCCAGACCGGGCCCACGGCGUCCUGGUCCGGACUCGGAGGUAUAACUCAGGCUGGCUUGAGGAGCUAAAGAUGGGAGAUCUGAAGCGGGAGUGUCUGGAGGAAGAAUGCUCCUACGAGGAGGCCCGGGAGGUGUUUGAACACACCGAGAUCACGGACGAGUUUUGGAAGACCUAUAACAUACCAGACAGCUGCAAGUUGAACCCCUGCCUGAAUGGUGGAACCUGCUCUGUCCAGGCUUCAUCCUACACCUGCUACUGCCUGCAACAGUUCAGCGGACUCAACUGUGAGCUCGAAUACCACGCCGACCCCGAGACCUGCCAGCUGGACAACGGAGGCUGUGAACAUUUCUGUGUUGAAGACGAGGGAGGACAUAGACUUAACUGCUCGUGUGCAGACGGUUACUUCCUGGACACUGAUGGGACGAGCUGCCUGGCAAAAGAGUCGAUAGCGUGCGGCAUGGUCCCUGUCCUGCAGGGAGAAGAUAAAGCCAAGCAGCUCGACCCUCGAGCACGAAUUGUCGGUGGAGUAGAGUGUCCCAAAGGUGAAUGCCCCUGGCAGGUUUUGCUGGUGUAUGAGGGCAAAGGUUUCUGUGGUGGUGUGAUUUAUAAACCUACAUGGAUCCUCACAGCGUCUCACUGCCUGGAGGACACUGACGCGCAGUUUCUAAAAGUGGUCGCAGGCGAACACAACACUGAGGUGGAUGAGGGCACGGAGCAGUACGUCCAGGUCGCCCAGAUCAUUAUGCACGAGCACUAUGUGAAGAGCACCGCUGACAAUGACAUCGCCCUCCUGCGCCUGGCGUCGCCCAUCGUUUACACGCCAUAUGCCGUCCCAGCCUGCCUGCCGACGAGACCGCUGGCAGAGCAACACCUCUGGGCAAUCAUGAAGCACACAGUGAGUGGCUGGGGAAGGCGGGGGGAGAACGGACCCACCUCACAUGUGCUGCGACGGCUCAAAGUACCUCGGAUCCUGACGCAGCAGUGUCUAGAGGAGAGUGGCGUGGUGCUCACCAAGAACAUGUUCUGCGCCGGGUACAUCGAGGGCCGGCAGGACUCGUGUAAAGGCGACAGUGGCGGGCCGCUAGUGACGGCGUACAAGAAGACAACGUUCCUGCUGGGGAUCGUCAGCUGGGGGAAGGGCUGUGCCCGACCGGGCAACUACGGCAUCUACACCCGGGUGUCCAACUACCUGGAGUGGAUCCACAACCGAACAGCGAGACCAGAACAGCCGACAAACAACACCAAGGCUUUACUGCACAACCUGACCACCUGAGAACA